GGCCGACGAUUUAAGCCCGUUGUCAGCUCAUCACUACCACUACAUCCUCUCUCUUGCGACACCUACCCUCGAUCCCUCCACACACACCGCGACAUCGACACGAUCCCUCCUGCGGCUUCAACAUGACGCAGUGAGCGUAGCUACGUCGCCGUCAAAGGCGCCACCCUUCUGCUCUACUUUCGCCACCCUAUGACCUCCGAUCCGAUUUCGCAACAUUUCCGUUCCCCUUCUAUCGCGCUCGCUCUUCCAAAGCUACCAGUGCUUGUACCUUCCCCGAUUAUGCGGGGUCGUGGAAGAGCUAUUUACCGCGUGCUUCAUCCUCUUUCUCUACCUCCUUGCGCGCCCUUCAUCUUGUUGCUUUUCUUCCUUCGACACCUCAUUCGUCCUCAGUUCCCCCGCUCUUUCUCCUCUCCCAGCGUACACCCCACCUUCCAAUCCGAUCAUCCUACAACCUACUCGCCUUUGCUCGGGUGGCCUGCAUAUCACGCGUGUAAAUCACCUGUCUGACAGCAAGUCGUAGGUACUCAAUCUCCCCACUGAGAGAAGGUG